AUGUAUCUCCCUCCACCCACCUAUACUUUCACCAUACCAUCGGUCCACGACGGGAUUCAACUGGACUGCCGUCUCCAUGUUCCCCGCCAACUGAGUGAGCCCGAAGGUACACGCCGGGGCCCAAUCUGCGGAGCUAUAGUUGCCCACCCUUAUGCCAGCCUGGGCGGAUGCUACGAUGACCCGGUCGUGAACUUCGUCGGAAGCGAACUCCUAGAAGCCGGCUACGUGGUGGGGACGUUUAAUUUCCGGGGAGCCGGAGAGUCGGAGGGGAGCACAAGCUGGACAGCACGGCCUGAGCUGGCUGACUACGUCUCCUUCUACGGGUUCAUGCUGUGGUAUUUACAGCUUCUAAGAACGCGACUCAGUUCAUCAAACCCCAGGCCAGAAGAUGGACCUGCGAAUGUGCGACUUAUAUUAGCUGGUUAUUCGUACGGAUCCAUGAUCGCAUCGCAUCUUCCGGCACUUGAUGUCGUUGCAGACCUCUUUGAGAAUAGCGUCGCCGAGUCUGCUACAUAUCGGAUUCGCCGAGAAGCGGAGAGGAUUUUCGCACUAUCGUCGGAUACCCAGGAAACACAAAGCCGAUCAUUGACAUCUGAAGGGGCCUUUAGUAUCUCGAGCGCGAGGAUCUGCUACCUUCUGGUUUCGCCUCUUCUGCCCCCGAUCAACAUGUUCCUGACCCUGUUUUCCAAAUUGUCGUUGAAUGUCGGAGCCCACACUGCCGCUCAGGGCAGGAAUAUCCCAUGCCCCAAUCUGACCGACCAGCUCCGUGCACACCCAACCCUGGCCAUGUAUGGUAGUCACGAUGCAUUUACUUCCGCUCAGAAACUGCGCCAAUGGUCGCAAGAGCUUGGCCUGAAACCCGGCAGUCAAUUCCAAUCGGCGGAAAUCGACGGGGCUGGGCACUUCUGGCGGGAGCGCGGUGCGGAGUCUGAGGCCAGAGCUACCCUGAGGGAGUGGUUGCGUCAGAUACCUUGA